GCAGGCUGGGAAGCGGGGCGGGUCUCGCCCGGCUCCCGAGAGAGAAAGGACACACGCUUGGUGUUUUGGACCUGUGUACCGUGAUCUUGGCUGUGGUCUUGACCCGCCGGAAACUGCAACAUGAAACCCCUGCCGCGCACCCUGGAACUCUUCUACGACGUGCUGUCCCCCUACUGCUGGCUGGGCUUCGAGGUCCUGUGCCGGUAUCAGCACAUCUGGAACGUCAAGCUGCAGUUGCGGCCCAGCCUUAUUGCAGGGAUCAUGAGAGAAAGCGGAAACAGGCCUCCAGCUAUGAUUCCAAGGAAAGCGCAAUACUUGAGAAGUGAUGUGAAGCUCCAGGGACAGCAUUUCCAGGUUCCCAUCCAAUUCCCAAAGGAUUUCUUCGGUGUGAUACUUGAAAAAGGAAGUGUGUCUGCCAUGAGAUUCCUCACUGCUGUGAACAUGGAAUGUCCGGAGAUGUUGGAGAAAGUGUCUAGAGAGCUAUGGAUACGCAUCUGGGCACGCGAUGAAGAUACUGUGCAGCUCCAGAGCAUCCAGGCUGCUGCAGAGAAGGCUGGUAUGUCUGCAGAAGACGCCCGAGCACUGCUCGAGAAGAUCUCCACACCACAGGUGAAGAACCAACUCAGGGAGACUACGGAGGCAGCCUGCAAGUAUGGGGCCUUUGGACUGCCCAUCGUCGUGGCGCACAUAGAUGGCAAGACACACAUGCUAUUUGGCUCUGACCGCAUGGAGCUUCUGGCUCACUUACUGGGAGAGAAGUGGAUGGGCCCUGCGCCCCCAGCUCUGAGUGCCAGACUUUGAGACUGCCUGAUGGACGCUCCCUUUCAUUCAAAAGAGCAGACAGAGUGCUGAAUUCCUCCUGCACUGCACCACUGAGAUUGGGUCUUCUGUUUGACAGAGGUAUCGCGCUUGGCCCUCUACACUUUUUGAAUCUCUAUGCACACCCAAGGGUGCCAGAGAUUUUCUCUACCAUUAGUCUGUUUCUGUCUCUGUGCCUCAAGUAUCUUUGAAGUGCAUCAAAUUCUGCUUUGCCAAGGAAUAAAUCUAAUACUGUUUGCUAAA